AUGCAGGCGUGCUGGGGUGGCGCGGCGGGACGCCGGGCCUUCGACAGCAUCUGCCCCAACAGGAUGCUGGAGCCACCUCGCCGGUCCCUCGGCAAGCCCGGGACGCUGGACAGGAAGUUGGCCCCUCCGCGGAAGUUCUUUCCUGGACGCAGCGGCGGCAGCCGGGUGCAGGUGUACGAGGAUCCCCCCGACGUGGAGCCCGCUGAGCUGCCAGCCCUCACCACCAUAGACCUGCAGGACCUCGCAGACUGCUCCUCUCUACUCGGGUCCGACGCGCCGCCUACUGGUGACCCGGCCGCCUCACAGACCCAUUCCCUGCCAGCGGAAGGGGACUUGGCACUGCAGGAUUUCAGAGACACGGUGGAUGACCUCAUUGCAGACUCGUCCUCGUUGAUGUCGCCUCCCCUGGCCGGCGGUGACUUCCCUUUCUCGCCCUGCGACGUAUCGCCUUUCGAGCCCUGCCUCUCCCCGCCGCGGGACCCGAGGGCCCUGCCGUCCCCGCCGCUCCGCCCUCCGGACGUGCCCCCGCCGGAGCAGUACUGGAAGGAGGUGGCCGACCAGAACCAGAGGGCGCUGGGGAACGCUCUCGUUGAGAAUAACCAACUGCACGAGACGUUGACCCAGAAGCAGGAGGAGAUCGCCUCGCUCAAGGAGCGGAAUGUGCAGCUCAAAGAACUCGCCCGCCGGACCCGGCACCUGGCCUCGGUGCUGGAUAAGUUGAUGAUCACGCAGUCCCGGGGUGGCGGAGCGGCGGCCGAGCCCUUGCUGCUCAAGGCGACGGCCAAAAGGAGCCUGGAGGAGCUGUUCAGCGCGGCCGGGCAGGAUUGCACGGAAGUGGACGCCGUGCUGAGGGAGAUCUCCCAGCGCUGCGAUGAAGCCCUCCGGAGCCGCGAACCCAAGCGGCCCCGGCUGCAGCCGGAGCCCGCGAACACAGACGGCAGGCCCGGGAACCUGCACGGCGCCUUCCGGGGACUGCGCACCGCCUGCAACCAGGGUGCCUUAAACCUGAGCCGCAGUGAGCUGGAGGAGGGCGGCUCCUUCAGCACCCCCAUCCGCAGCCACAGCACCAUCCGCACCCUCGCCUUCCCCCAGGGCAACGCCUUCACCAUCCGGACAGCUUCAGGGGGUUACAAAUUCCGCUGGGUCCCCAGUUGA